AUGGCGUCCCUUGUAUUCACGCCGCCCUCAUCUCUUCCUCAUCUUCCAUUCACUUGCCCGGAUCUCUUACAAUCUCUUGGUCACUUGCAAUCCUGCAACUAUAUCCUCCUCCUCCAUCUCUUUAUCCUCUUUGAAUUCCUUGACCCUACUACCCAACUGUCUCACAACCUCCCAUUGUCUGCUUUCAAGAUGCCGGAGACUUCUCUUUUGGAUGUGCCCUCUUCGGCGGCUGCGUCUCAUCCCAAAAUCAUGCGUUCGCCGACGUAUAGCAUGAUCGCAAGCCGCAAGCCCCAAGUCAGCCCUAUUCCUCAGUCAUGGGGAGCGCCGACAACUCGUCAUAGCAGCAACCCCGUCGCCCGCAGCCCUCUCCAGCAGUCCUUCCCAGCUUAUCCAGGCUCGACCUCCGCCCCAAGCUCGCCACCACCCAUGACAGAAAGCCCUGCCCGACGCUCUCGCACCAACGAGCCAGAAGGUCGCAAGAGAGGCGAGUCCCGAUCAUCCUCUGUGCCCAUCGUCGUCCGCAAUCCUCAAGGUCAAGAACACCUAGAGGAGAAUGUCAGAGGUCAACCACGUACACAGCCUCACACUCGUGCUUCCUCCCCAUCCAAGGGAUCCAAUGAUGACGGCAGACUCAAAGCGGACUCCUUCCACACUCGCCGAUCAGUCAAACAUCUGACCUGUUUCUGGUGGUGGGAAAAGGGCCACUGCCGAUUCUCCGACGAAGACUGCCUGUAUUCUCACUACGACACGGGACACCACACAUCUGCUCCUCGGCAAGUCAUUCCUGGCGAGCCUGCCAAAGCUGGAAAGUCACUUGAGCGCGAGUUGACCAAGAUGGCGGUGCACAAUCGUUCGAACACUUCCAUCUCGUCUUUCCAUACGGCCCCGAUCGCACCUCAUGGCAAUGGUCAUACCUCGACCAUGACUGCCUCUUCCCGAGCUGCCUCCCCCGCCAUCUCAGGUACCGAUCGCCCCCUUAGCCGUUCCACCACACCUUCGGGAGUCGAGAUCAGCCAGGCUGCGCAACUCAGAACCGACAAUGACUUUCUCCGCACCUUGAUCCAACAGACCCAACGCGAAAAGGUCACCCUCGUCGAAGCCAUAGACUCGAUGAAGAAGGAAAAGAAUCAGCAGCAGGCUCAGAUCGAAUCUCUGCAACUCGAACACGCCAAUUUCCUCCACGAGCGCGAGAUCCUCCACGCCACGAUCCGAAAGCUUCAAAUCUCGAAUCCCAACCCGGUCAUGUCGACUCGUCCUCCGCAUUCUCCCGCCAUGGGACACGUCCAGACUCAAUCUCCCUGGGGCGCCAUUGGAAGUCGUCGAGUCAGUCCGAUUGACAACGCACCACAUCGAGCCGCGAACGUUCCUGAAGCCGGACAGUAUGCCAACAUGUCUUACCACGGUGGCGGUGCCACUCCGUCCUACAACCCUAGCGCGAUGCCAUAUGUCCCUAGUCCCCGAUUCACUCCUGGUGCCACCGAGGCUGCCAACGAAAAGUUCAAGGAUGUGUUGAGGAACCUUGGACCAGGGUACUAA